AUGAAUCCAUUGAAUUCUUCACCAUCAUCGAACAUUGAUCCACAAUUAUAUAAUAAGACACCAAAGGUUAAAAGUAAAGAACCUAACUUUACAGGUUGGACCCCUUUGAUUUCUAAGAACAAUGAUAUGAACAUUACCCCUUCAUCAAAGUUUUUAAAUAACAUUCUUGUUAAUUUUAAUCAACAACCAUCGGGAGAUAUUGAUUAUUCCAACGGAUUAAAUUUAACACCAUUUUUGAACCAUAAUAUCAAUUUAAACCUUUUAAAUUCUAAUUCCAUGAAUCAUGUGAUAAACAAUCAAAUCCAAUUACAAUCAUCAAAUCAAGCAAGUUCUAAUAAUCAAAAUAAUGGUAAUACAAGUUUGAAUAUGAGUGGAUUAUCAUUUACUCCAUUUCAUGAUAAAAGUAUUUUAUUAAGUGAUUUCUUCACUGAUUCUCCAAUCAAAGGAACUCCCUUGAAAGAUUUACAAACUAUUACACCAUCAAAAUUCUUAGAUAAAAAGAGAACAUCAAUUUUCCAAGAUCCAAAAUCAGCUACAAAGAUAUCUCUUAAUAAUUUGAAUCAAAUGAAUAAGGAUAAAGCUAAAAUAUUAAAUGAUGAAACUGACGAUGAAGUCGAUAAUGAAACAGAUGAUGAAGAAAAUAAAUCCAAGAAGAGGAAAUUCCAAAAAAUUGCUACUACUCCUUCAAAAAUAUUAAUUGAUAUUACUAAUGAACAAAAUAAAUUAAAGAGAACUCCAAUAAAGGAACUACCUAUGAAUUUUAGAACUCCUGCUAAAGUAAUUGAGAAUUCUUCACCUUCAACAGUUAUAUUAUCAUCAGCUACCAAAUCACCUAAAGAAAAUUUACCUCAAAGUCCUACUCCUAAUAAAUCAUUCAAACCUAUGAUGGGGACAUUUUCUGAAGUCAAAGAACCCAAACUGAAGAAGAAGAAAUUAAAUAAUACCCCAACUAAUUUACCAAUUAAAACUUCUAUCAUUAAUACCAAUCAAGGAACCAGAUUUAAACCAUCAAACAGAGCUCAAAUGCAAGCAGGUAUGAAUAAAUUCCAAAUUGUUUUAAAUGAUGGUAAUAACGUUAAAAGAGGUAGGAAAAGUAAAAAAUCCAAAAAAACCUCACAACCUUCACAACCUUCACAAACAUUCAAUUCUAAUCAAUCGAUACCCCAACCACAAAUUAAAAUACCCAAACAACACAUGACUACUAAUAUGCAAAAUGGUGAAGUAUCUAAUUUAUCUGUUAAUUCAAUGAUAAGUCAUAAUUUAACUCAAGGCACUGAUCAUACAUCAUUUGAUAUUCAAGCCACUCCUAAUAAAUUUUCAUUAGAUAAAUUCUUUGAUAAAAACUCCCCCAAUUCCCAAAAUUUACUCAACCAAGUUUUAAACUAUAAAAUGAACCCUCCACAAAUUCCUCCAAAUCAACCACAACCUCAGAAUGGUAUGAUGAUGAGUACACCUACUCAUCAAAAUGUUUAUUCCGAUGAUGAAGGGAAUAUUUCACUUUCUGCAUUUUCAUAUUUUAGAAAAGAAUUAGUUGAUAAUGAAUAA